AUGGUAGCUGUAAAACGAGUCGCUGUCGUUGGCGCUGGUCCAGCCGGUGCUAUCACGAUCGAUGCUUUGGCAAAAGAAAAGACGUUCGACCUCAUUCGCGUCUUUGAGCGCCGUGAAGCUCCAGGCGGUUGCUGGCUUGCCGACAAGCAGCCGCCACCACUUCUAUCUGAUCUUGCUGCGCUUGCUAGCAGGAGUGCUGAUGCACCCAUCCCGUUACCAGAUAGGCUUCCGGCUCAAAGGCCGAAGAUAGCAAAUCCGCGAUACGCGGAGUCAUCAAUCUAUCCUUACCUGGAAACCAACGUUCACAGUAUCCCAAUGGAGUUUAGUCAGGAGCCAAUUCCUGCUGAGCGGAGUCAAAGAUCCAUUGGCCUACAUGGCCCUGAUACCCCUUUCCGCCACUGGUCUGUCAUGCAGAGAUACAUCCAGGGACUUGUGGACCGCAAUGGCUACCAGGAUCUGGUAUCUUACAACACAACCGUGGAACACGUUGAGAAGGUGGGCCACGAGUGGAAGGUGACGCUACGAAGGGAUGGUGCUGAGAAAGAUUAUUGGUGGGUCGAGUGGUUCGAUGCCGUUGUUGUCGCCAGCGGCCAUUAUUCGAUACCUUAUGUGCCAGCAAUUGAAGGACUCGAGCAGUUUGAGAAGCUACGGCCUGGGAGCGUCAUACACAGCAAGCAAUUUCGUGGAAAGGAGUACUUCCAAGGAAAGCGGGUUGUUAUCGUCGGGGCCUCCGUGUCAGGGGCAGAUAUUGCAGUGGAUCUCGUCAAUACCGUGGUAUCACCAGUUUACGCAGUCGUAAGCGGCCACAGAGCCAACGCGUACUUUGGCGAUGAGGCCUUCAAUCACCCCCAUAUUUCAAAGCAGCCAUCCAUAUCACGAAUCGAAGGUCGUACCGUCCACUUCGUCGAUGGAAACACGGUUCGGGACGUCGACAACAUUAUCUUCGGCACCGGAUACUCUUGGACGCUACCGUUCCUGCCCCAAGUAGAGGUCAGAAACAAUCGCGUCCCGAACCUGUAUCAGCAUGUUGUAUAUCAGAAAGAUCCGACCCUGCUCUUCAUUGGCGCCGUAGCUGCAGGCUUGACUUUCAAAAUCUUCGAAUAUCAAGCUGUGCUCACGGCGCGCAUCCUAGCCGGCCGAGCCAUCCUCCCACCCAUGGCCGAGCAAGAAAAUUGGGAGCAGGAUCGGAUCGCUGCUAGAGGUGAUGGCCCCAAGUUCACCCUGAUCUUUCCCGACUUUGAGGAUUAUUUCGAGGCCGUUCGGGCAUUGGCUGGACCCGGCGAGCACGGUCUGGGCCGGCAGCUGCCACCUUUCAAACGGGAGUGGUUCAAGGCCUUUCUGGAUGGUCUUGAGCUGCGGAAGAAGAUGUGGCGGAGGAUAAAUGCUCGAGCGUGGGACGAGCUAGAUCUCAAUUUGAAUGGCUUGGACUUAGGUGGGCAAAAGAAGACCCGAUCGCCUCCGCCAACAUAUGGCUCAGACUUGCUCAACAAGAUACCGAGCGUCACCCGUGAAGUGCCUGGUACUACUAAAGGAGAGAAGGGGGGUGAUGAGCAUGUGAUUUCCAACUGA